ACGUUUUUUAUCUGUCACCUGUACCAAUCUGUACAAUUGUACCAGAGAAAUUAAAAAUUGCUUAGAUCAUAUCUAUUUUCAAAUCUGGCGAUGACUCAUUUAUUUAUCAAUGUUUUGUUCUGGAUUAUUUUCAUUUUGUUUUUUCUUUCUUUAGCAGAAGUUUUUCGAAAAUAAAAAUGAUUGGUAAAGUAGUUUUUUUAGUACAUUAUAUUUUUAUAACAGUGAUUGUUUUUAGAACAACUAUUGUUUCAGAACAGUUCGGAGCAUUGGAAGACCUAUUUAGUAAAUAUAAUUCACUUUGUUAUUUAUAAAUUAUUUUUUGUUUGAAGAAGGAUUUUUUAGAGAGGCAAGUUGUCAGCGAAAUAAGUAUGUUUUAUUAUUUAUGAACUAAAUUAUUAGAUUAGUUCAAAGUAGGAAUGCCAUUUUCUCUAAUAGUUAUUGUUUUCGAACUUUAAUAAUAACGACGUUAUUAAAUUAACAAAUACGUUUUUAUUAAAGAUUAUUUUUGUUUUUUUUUUUCAUUUCGGUAUUGUUUCAGCAACUUUUACAAAUGGUGAUGUCUUUCAUUUUAUUAAACAAGAACAUUGAAUUAUUGUUUAUUCAUACAUUACCAAAAUAGCUUGUUUUAUUUUUUUAUUUAGUUAUUUGUUCUGAAGCAUCAACCUCCCCAGAUUAUUUUAUACAUUUAAUUUUUAACAAUAAAAAAAUGUUUAUUAUCAUCAUGCUUUAUAAAUUAUCUUUACUGAUUUAUUCAUUCAUUUAGUUGUUUUAUCUGCAGCAUCGCCUAUCCCAAGUAACAUAAUACGUUUAUUUUGGUUUUUUUCUAGAAAAACUAGCAAUAAACAUUCAUUAUUAGAACAUUAUCUUCAGGAAUUAACAAAAUAUACUUUUAAAAUGAAUAUAUUUUUCUCAUUUAGUUGUUUUAACUGUUUUAUCCGCCACUUCUGGUAACUUGAUACGUUUUUUUUGAUUGUUUAUUGAGAAACAUUUUAUUUCGAUUUGUAACUUGAAAAAAGACAAGUAAUAAAUACUGUUUAUUUGAACAUUAUAAUCAGGAUUAAACUACCUUUUUUAAAUGUUUUUUUAUUUAGCUCUUUCAUCAGCAUCAUAGUCUUUUUAGGCAAUUUAUUUAGGUAAAUUAUUUUCUUGGUUAUUUUUUGAUUCGGUCAAACACUUCUAAAUUUUUAUAUUAGGUUGUCAAUAUUUUUCGAUAUCAAUAAAGUACCAAUGAUCAUGUCUGGCAAGAGCCAUGAGUCAUGGCAAGAAACAUGUCUGACAAGAACCCAAGACGCCAACUAUACUAUAUAUACUAUAACAUACAAAACAACUACAUACUAUACACACUUUAACAUACAAACAAACUAUAGCAUACAAAAUACAACCGACAAAAAGAAACAUGAAAAGUUAGGAACAUUGAAUUCAGUAAGUACUGAGAGUGACCAACGUUGUAAAAACUUGCUUAUGCCGUGAAUGACAGCUGGUUUGUUAAUGUUGCAAGUGUAUUUACUAUGUGCUUUCAAGAAGAUGAAACUGGUUAUGAGCCAUUAGCCAUGGCCAUUCAUCAAAGUGAACACAUCAUUGCAAUCGGAAACUAGUAAUAACUAAGUAACUGUGGAGUGCCAGUUUCUAAACUUGAAUUUACAAACAUCAUCCUAUGAUAUCUAUUAUCUAAAUUACAUAUCAUCAUAGUUAUAUAUUGAUAAUCACCGUAACAAUCAUCAUGAUCAUGAUCAUCACUUGGUAGGACGAAAACUCUUCUGAAAUCAAUUUUCUGAAUUAUUCAGUUCUUUACCCUUGUUUGAAAAGAAUUUGAAGAAACUUUUGCCAUAGUUUUUUUGGAUCAUUUUCUGUCUUCUAACAGCUUAUGGUUUAUGCGCAGCUCAAGUUGUAAACAUCAAGAUAUUCACUUAGUUUAUUUAAAUAUAUGGUGCUUUAAAUUGGAUGGAUGUAGGUCUGAUUAUCUAGAGUUAGUGGAAUUGACAACAAUGGUUUUAUCUGGUGAUGAACGGUACAGGCUAAGAAAACCUGGGCCUGUACACCAUGCCAGAUUUAUGGCAAAGGGAAUAUACUUUCUGAAAAUGUAUCUCCUUCUAAACAACAUUUCUAGCUUGACAGAUUUUGAGAAGAAAGAAAUAAAUGAUGUGGCAUUCUUCACAGCUGUAUUUUACACUGAGUGGUUUAUAAAGGCUGAAAUUCCGGCUGUCGCUCCAUAUCAGGAUAUGAAAGCUCUUUGGCAGAUGAUGAGAUACUCAAAAAUCAAUCCUGUCCAGGCAAAACCUGUUAUAGAGUCUCUAAAGAGACACACCUGGUACAUAGACCCAAAUAUUUUAGUUAUGUCUCUUGUUGACAAAAAUGUACAAGAACGGAGUGACAUUGCCCAGAAGUUGUACUCAACCCCAAGACCUACAACUUAUGCCAUAGAAAAACAUCAAGUUAAUUUAAAUAUACUGAACUCCCUUAUGUUUAAUGAUGAUACUCCCCCAAGUUUGACCCCGCUUAAAACUGACCAGAGUUGGUUAAUUUUUCAUAUCUUAAACCAUGCAAAUGCUGAAGUACAGUGGCUUAAGACUCCAUCUGAGACAUGGGAUCUAAAUGACUAUUACUUAGAAUUCAAAAAAUUUGUGAAUAAUCUUGAAGUAGUAAAUGACUGUAGUGAGAGGGCUAUAAAACUAGUUCAGGAGUUGAUCAAUAAAUCGCAUAAUGAGGAUAAAAGACAAAGUACCUUCCUCGUAUCAAACAAAUAUAAGAGUGAAAGAACAAUUAUAAAAAAAUGUGAUUAUGUAAAGAAUUCUUUGUUUACAAAAUAAAUUUAUAAACAUGAACUAUGUUUGACAACUAAUUUCUUCAGAAACUAAUCAUAAAUAUGAUUUUAUUAUGUAAAUAUAAAUAUUUUAAUAC